CCCACGUGUUCCUGUGGCGCGAGAGCACGGUCUAUCUCACUGUUCGGUGUAGGGAAAAUAUAGGAGGAUUUAUGUUCUCCGUAAAAUUGAUGAGAAAAGACCGUUAAGUGUUAGCAGAUAGUACAUAUGUAAUAUCGUUGUUACAAGCAGAAUCACAAACGGCCGAACACAGUGCAUCGACGGCGGGAGUGCAAGCACGGAAAUGUGUAUGAAGAAACUCGAAUUACUUAGCUUCACGAUUUCUACCCCUAAAACCAAGUGUAAAUAAAUAAGGAUAAUGUCAAAUAUGUCACAGUAUUUGCACUCAUCGAAUUUUUCUCACAUCGACCAACCCUAUGUGUCCGAACAUUUGGAUUGUAUCAAUAUAUCGGAGGGAAACAGAAUACGCCACUUUAGCUUGGCGACAAGAAUUAUUUUCGGGGCAUGGCUUGUUCUUAUUGCCCUAGGAGCAGUCAUCGGAAAUUUGAUGGUUAUAAUAGUCAUAUUAAUCAACCGUUAUAGACGUGGCAUCAAAAAAGGGACAGGAACGAACUAUUUUCUCAUGAGUCUCGCUAUUGCGGACAUGAUGGUCGGGUUAUUCGUGGUACCUCAGGCUUUACACACGUUUUUACGUGAGUGUUGGAGUUUCGGAUCUCUUAUGUGUUUACUUACGACUUCAUGUAUAUCUAUAAUAGUUUCGACGUCUAUCCAUACCUUAAUGUAUCUUGCGAUAUUUAAAUAUAUAAACAUCAAACGGUGUGCAAAGACGAUCAACUACAAACCUAUCACCCGCUGUAUGCGAAACCUAAUGAUAAUUCUGCCUUAUAUAUGGGGUUUGAUUCUUGCAGUUUUAGCAACGAAAUUCUUGUCGAGCGUAAAGCUCAAACCAAAGACAAUUCAGUGCGGACCGGAAUACCCGAGUACCGGAAAUACCCGACUUUAUAUCCUCCACGUGGCGAAUCAAUUUUUGAAUAUUAUACUUCCAACAGUUAUUAUCAUUUUCACCUACCUGAAAAUCUACAGCAUUAUUAAACGAGAUGCCUGGCUAAGAGACAACUCAUUGCGCGCACCAGAAUCGGAAGUACUUAAAACGUUCUUCAUUGUGCUCGUCUGUUUCCUUCUGUGUUGGACUCCGUAUUUUGUUUACACGAACUACGUCACAAUAAUUCCUAACAAAGACGACAUUCCCGUCCAUUUCAACCUUGUGGCGUUUUGUUUCGGCUACAGUAACAGUGCGUGUAACCCGAUUAUAUACGCGUGGCGGUUCCCCGAGUUCCGGAUGGGCUACCAGUACAUGCUGCAGAGACAACGACGGCGAAGUUCCACGGCAACACACAUGUCACAUAAAGUGAUCCGACCAAGUUCAUAGACUGGAUGUCGGCAGCCUGACAGUAACGAAAGGCAGUAGAAAAUCAAACUCCCUGAAUUUUGUUACAGAAUCCAAUCACACACCUAUGGGACUUUCCAAGUUAUUUGUAAAAAUUCUCAUAGGAAUGCAACUGAACUGUGUGAUUUAUUGUAUAAGAUAAAUUAUGCCUCUGUUACCAUUGUUUCAUGCCUGAUGGUAGGGUGAUGUCAAACAAUGGCUUCUCUUGAAUCGUGUAUUAUAUGAUGGAGUUGUCUCUCAUAGAACGUAUAUUCAUUGGCGAAAUACGGUGGGAGAACGGGAACACUGAUACUAAUGCAUGCAUUUUAAAUGAAUGAAAUCAUGUUUUUGUGACGUCACCUUUAUUUUCCCAGUGCACAUUCCAUAAUGCUACAUCAAGUUUCAAUAUACGGAUUUAAUAUCUAGUUUGAAAUACUGGCAAACAAUCAGAAAUACACAUUUUGAAUUAAUGCAACGUUAAAUUAGAUUUAGCAAACUAUAAAUUAACACGGCAACAAAUAUCCAUCAUGUUCUCAGCAUCUGAGGUCUUACAGUACUUUUGAGGUAGAGAACUGUCCAGAAAAAAAUGGUCUGUAUGAAAGACCACAUAUUGUGUAGAAAUUUUGGCAAAAUCUUAACUGUUUUGUCUCCCGCUGUUAAUAGAUUAUCAUUACGUGUAAUGAGUACUGUCCUUCCUCUAUCAUUUUCGUACGAUAACAAAUUAGCUGUGAUUCAGAAUGUGCAAGGUUUUCCUGUUUGUAUAACUGAUUUCCUGGCUUGGAUUUCUAUCUUUUAACAGAGAUAAGUUAAUUAAUAUCCCCUAGACAACAAGGUAUUGCCAAUGUAUCAUUGAGAUGCUAAGAUCUAGUAUCUGUACUUUGUUUCGUGGCUUUAAGAACACAAUUUAUUCAUGUAAAAUGUUUCCUAAAUAGCAGACUCCUGUAAAUAUUAGUCAGCUACAGACACUAAUAUUAGUUGUGCAUUAUUUUUUGUUGUUCUUUUGUACUUGUAACAGCCGUAAGUAUUUAAACACUGCCAAAAUGUCGUGUUGUGGAGUAUAACCUA